AUGGCCCAGCUCUCACUGGCACCAGCCAGGAUGAUCCGCCUCUUAUUCAAGAACUAUCGAGGUUCACCACAACCCUUCAAAUACUACCGUGUGUCCUAUAAUCGCGCCCUCAGGGAUCAGCCCUUGGCCAUCGUCCGCCCCCGGACAGAGGAAGAAAUCUCGCAAAUUGUGCAAGUAUGCUCCGCCGAACGUAUACGUCUCGCCAUCCGCUCUGGGGGACACGAUUUCUUCGGUCGCUCACUAGUCGCUGGUGGGAUCGUUAUUGACAUGCGAGCUACAGAUUCCAUCAUCGUCUCCCCAGAUAGGGCCAGAGCACGCGUGGGCGGUGGAGUCAUUGCAGGAACAUUACAACAGUCUCUGGCCGCUCACCGGCUUUUCACACCAACGGGUCAAUCGAAAACCGGCGGCUACGUUUCCUGGGCCUGUGGCGGCGGAUUUGGAUUCUAUGUAGGAACAUUCGAGGGCUGA